AACGCCUGUUUAUUAACUGAAUUUUGCGAUUUUCAAAGUUACACCAUCGAGCGUGUUUAGAUUUUAUAACUUAAGAUCGGCGAUUUAUUAUGCUGGAGCCGAUACUUGAAAGCCUAAAUACAAAGACAGUCAUACUGGCUAGCAGCUCUCCGAGAAGAAGUGAAAUCUUACGUCGUAUCGGACUGAAAUUCCAGACUAUCCCAUCUGUAUUUGAGGAAAACCUUGACAAGUCGAGCUUUGAACACCCUAAAGAUUAUGUGCUUGAGAAUGCAAAGCAGAAAGCUCUUGAGGUCGCCCAGAGAAUGAGAGAUGACAAGCAGAAUAACAUUCCUGAUUUAGUGAUUGGAUCAGAUACGAUAGUGGUGCUGGAAAAUGAAAUAUUGGAAAAACCCAAAUCCAAGGAAAAUGCUUUUAAAAUGCUAAAAAGCCUCAGUGGACGUGAACAUGAGGUGUACAGUGGUGUCACACUUGUGAGCCACUCACAUUCAGCUGUAGGGCUGGACAAGCCUUCGUUAACCCAGUUCUAUGAAAGGACCUUUGUCACCUUUGGCGAAUUGACAGAUGACGUCAUAAAUGGUUACAUCAAAACUGAGGAACCCAUGGACAAGGCAGGAGCGUACGGUAUUCAAGGAAUAGGUGGCUCAUUGGUCAGUGGUAUUCGCGGUGACUAUUUCAACGUAAUGGGGUUUCCAUUACACCACUUUUGCCUGCAGAUCAAGAAACUCUAUGAAUAGCAAUAGUCAAGGGGGUCACAUGACUUCAGCUCACGUGACUUCGUUUUUAUCUUCCUUUAAAAGUGUGGGAUAUUAUCCUGAUAUCAUGUCACGUCUAGGAAGUAACGUACUCGUUGGACUGGCUGUAAAUAAGCCAACGUAAUGAUUAUUGACGUCGAUGUGAUGUCACAAAAAGUCACGUGAUACGCAAGUGCCAAUACUCUCUCCUACUGCCAGGUUGUGAUUGAGGCGUGCCGCUUUUUGUGAAGGCUGUUAUGGUGUCCUUGGCAAAUCGAUACAAAGAGACAAAAGAGACAAAAUAGUUACUCUGCAGAGGAAGGUAAAUGGAGACCAAAUUCACUUACGUACUUACUGCUAAGUAAGUUAUCUUUGAAAUCGUUAGAUUAUUUUAACGGCUCUUCGGACAUGUCUAAUCCAAGAUAACGGCCGAUGAUGAAAACAUUCCAAUACAAUUUCACUCACCGCUUGCAAGCAGGAUCAGUAUUUCAUAAAAAUACCCUGUUUUUUUAUAGAUCUUUUUACCUCAUAUCAGUAAAAUUUAACCAUAUUUAGUUUGCUA